GGAAUACUAGUCCUGCGAUAUAAAUAUCCUUAUGGAGUCGGAAUCGAUAGAUCAAAAAAAACAAUAGAAAAGAAAAGAAAAGGAAAAAAAAAAAAAAAACCAAGGGAUAAUCUGUACAGGAGAGGAACGUGGUUGCAUCGAAGUGCAUCCGAAUUGUAUGGAAGUUUGGUGUCCUCGAAUCGACCGUUGGAAUCCCAAUUUGUUAUUUGGGUUGGGGGUUUUCGUUGUCUUCUAUUCUGUUCCCCGUUCCUAUUCGUCUCUCCUCCUUUCCCUUUACUUUCUUCUUCUUCUUCUUCUUCUUCUUCUUCUCUCCAUUUCUUUCGUCUUUCGAUCUUCACCUUCUAUUCUCUUUUCUUCGUAUUCUUCUCUUUCUUUGUCUCUCCUUAUACAUUCAGUCGCUCGUUACUCUUAUUCUCCGGUUCCUGACUCGCAACCUUUCCCUCCAUCCUACCGCGACACGAAACGAACCCGAUCUUCUUGCAUGUAGCGCCUUGUUCGAUAUCUCCCGGCUUGUCUCAAUUUUCAGUUCAACCGUCCGUUCGUUACUUCCUAUGCUGCUACGGCCCA